GUAGCUCCGAGGGCUGUGAAUGGGGUGAAGAGUCAAGAUUUAUGUGCUUACGAUUUCUCUAAAUGCAGAACAUUCUAUUUCAUGAUGAUAUAUUUAAAAAUCUAAACUUUGCGGUGAGCGGUCGCUUAUUUUAUCUUUGUUGUUCUUUUGUGGUAGUCCGAUUAAAAAAGUGAGCGAAGGUCGUGCGUAAAGAGAAAUAAUUAUUACUCCGCGCUGCUGCGUGUCUGCGAAAUCGGGUCUGGAUCCAACAACCUAUAAAUCUGCGCGAUGCCGCGGCACAACAUGAUGAGUUCGCUUAUUCAGAAAAUCGCCCGACAGGCACACGUUACGUUUAAAUCCGCUGGUUCUUCCGUGUUUCUGGAAAACCAGGGUCUGCUGGACAGCCUUCUGACCGAGAUCAGGGCAGCCGAUCUCAAGAUUGCCCCCAGGAAAAGAAAAAGUUCCUCCAAGUGUUUGGACAGCAGCCCCCCGGUCAGCUACAUGCACAUAUGCGAGACGGACACCUUCAGCAUGGGAGUAUUUCUGUUAAAGAGCGGGGCUUCAAUCCCCCUGCACGACCACCCGGGCAUGAAUGGCAUGCUGAAGGUGCUUUAUGGCAAAGUGAGCAUCAGAUGCUUUGACAAGCUGGAUGAGCCACCUGAUGCUGAGGUGCAGACCCAUUUCGAGCCCCCGCUGCUGCCCUGCCAAAGGGAUGCUCUGAGAAGGUCGGUCCUGGGCACUGUCAGUGUCUUCACGGAGGAGAGUGGUCCGUGCAUCCUGACCCCCCACAAAGAUAACCUGCACCAGAUCGACGCUCUGGAUGGCCCCGCAGCAUUCCUGGACAUACUUGCCCCCCCUUAUGACCCCGAUGACGGAAGGGACUGUCACUACUACCAGGUCCUUCAGCCCGCUUCAGAACCCGUGGACAAAAAGCCAGAGGAGAUGUGGCUGCUGGAGAUCCCACAACCCGCCGAUUUCUGGUGCGGGGGAGAGCCCUACCCGGGCCCUGAGGUUUCUCUUUAAAUACCAGUUCUGUGGGAAAAGCCCUCCUAACCUCAGAGCAGGAAGAAAACCCUGUGAAUCCUGUGCCAUCAGUGGUCAAGGAAUGUUGAUUUUGAGGGACCAUUCUCAGGGCACACCACCCUUUUUAACCCCAGCUGUGGGCAUCUGUGUGGCAAUGGGCUCAAACAUUUUUUGGACCUUUAUAUUUAACUAAAAGAAUGGCAUGUAAGCCUACAAAUGCCAGUGCAGUUUCUUAAUGCUGAAUGUAUAAGCCCCGCGAGCAUUUACACUACGUAGCCUUAAUUUAUUUCAUUUUUUUGUGUAUGGAGUGCCAUACAAGACAUACACAUGCCUUACAAGUGCCUUUCCGUCCUGUUUAAAAUACUGUCUGCAUUAUGACGUAUUUAGCUACUUUAUUUUAAAACGCUAU